GUUGACUUGGCAUGGAUGUGCGAAAUAUCAAUGAAAGUAACGUCUGUAUUUUGGCGCGCAAAUUCGGAUUGUGUAUCCCUGGUAUUGCGAAUGCGAGGUGGAAAUGUUGUAGAUAAGAUUAGCAACGCAAUGCAACGAGGUGCAUUUAUUGUAUUUGAGGGCUGCGACCGCAGUGGCAAAACUACACAAAGUCGGCUUUUAGUUGAGAAGCUUCAGGCGAACGGUGUAAGCACGGUUCAUUUAAAUUUUCCGGAACGCAAAUCAAGUCAAAUUGGCCAGGUGAUCAAUUCGUAUUUGACCAACAGUCAAGAUUUGCCCGAUGAAGUGAUACAUUUGAUGUUCUCUGCCAAUCGAUGGGAGCAUUUAAAUCGCAUGAGAAAACAAUUAGAAGCGGGAACCACUCUGGUUGUAGACCGAUAUUCAUAUUCCGGGGUAGCCUACACAGUGGCCAAAGGUCUGGAUUUGAAUUGGUGUUAUGCACCGGAACGGGGACUACUCAAACCGGAUGCUGUUUUCUAUUUAAAGACUGAACUCGAUGAACUGGCAAAACGAGGGAGUUACGGCACAGAGCGAUACGAGAAAUUGGAGUUCCAGCGUAAAGUGAGUUCUGUCUUUGAUUGCCUCUACGAAAGGGAAUCAUCCUAUUGGCAUCGACUAAACGCCAGCGAUAAAGUUGAGGAUUUGCAUCAACAGAUUGCACAAAUAUCAGAGAAAUUGUUAGAGCAGGUGGCAACUCAACCAUUGGACAAGUUAACAUAGUUUUCGCUCCUGGUUUAUUUUGGAUUCCUCUGUAGGAUUAGCGGUGAUUUAUGUAAACUGCUAUUUGUUAUAAAUAAUUGCAAUUAUUUUUAUUCUCGCUGUUGUUGCUGUUGCCGUUGACGACGGCGAGCUUAAAUAUUUAAUUUACGACUCACAGAUCAGGCAAUAAAUUGUUUGAAUUAAAUCGAA